GAGAGAUGCGACCGGAACUACCUGGAGCGAAUGUUUCCGGUAGGGCAGUGAUCGGUGUGACACUGGCACAGUCAGUCUGAUGCAAGCUGAAUGAAUUAAAUCAUCCAACACAAGCCGUCAGUGUGUGUUACAGCUGAAGAUGUCGGCAGAUUCGAGCCCGAUGGGUCUGUAUGAGCAGCUCAGAGCUCAGGGAGACGCAGUGAGAGAAAUCAAAGCUCAGAAGGGCAAUAAAGCUGAUGUUGACGCUGCUGUCCAGUUACUGCUGAAGUUAAAGGCGGACUAUAAACAGCUGACCGGUCAGGACUAUCAGGCCGGACGCCCACCGACGGACGCUGUGAUGAAUGAUGAAGGUCAUGAUGAUGGAGAUGAUCAGGUGGAUCCGUGGAACGUUUCCACCAGCAGCGCCAAAGGAGUCGACUACGAUAAACUCAUCGUGCGCUUCGGCAGCAGUAAGAUCGAUCAGGAGCUGGUGGACAGAAUCGCUCGACUCACGGGGAAAACACCACAUCGCUUCCUGCGCAGAGGAAUCUUCUUCUCACACAGGGACAUGCAUCAGAUCCUGGACGCGUACGAGAAUCAGAAGUCCUUCUAUCUGUACACGGGCCGUGGGCCGUCCUCAGAGGCCAUGCACGUGGGUCACCUGAUCCCCUUCAUCUUCACUAAGUGGCUUCAGGACGUGUUCGACGUCCCUCUGGUCAUUCAGAUGACGGAUGACGAGAAGUACCUGUGGAAGGACCUGUCGCUGGAGGACUGCCAUCGGUACGCGGUGGAGAACGCCAGAGACAUCAUCGCCUGCGGAUUCGACCUGGACAAGACCUUCAUCUUCUCUGAUCUGGAGUAUAUGGGGGCGAGUCCUUCGUUCUACAGAAACGUUGUGAAGGUUCAGAAGCAUGUGACGUUUAACCAGGUCAAAGGCAUCUUUGGAUUCACAGACAGUGAUUGUAUCGGUAAAAUCAGUUUCCCAGCCAUUCAAGCAGCUCCGUCCUUCGGUAACUCUUUCCCGCAGAUCUUCGGCGACAGGAAUGACGUUCAGUGUCUCAUUCCAUGUGCCAUCGAUCAGGAUCCAUAUUUCCGGAUGACGCGGGACGUGGCUCCUCGGAUCGGCUAUCUUAAACCCGCUCUGCUUCACUCCACGUUCUUCCCGGCGCUUCAGGGCGCUCAGACCAAGAUGAGCGCCAGCGACGCCAACUCCUCCAUCUUCCUGACAGACACGCCCAAGCAGAUCAAGAACAAGGUCAACAAACACGCGUUCUCUGGCGGGAAGGACACAGUAGAGGAGCACAGGAAGUUCGGUGGGAAUCCAGACGUGGAUGUUUCCUUCAUGUAUCUGACGUUCUUUCUGGAAGACGAUGAACAGCUGGAGAAGAUCAGACAGGACUACAGGAGCGGCGCUCUGCUCACCGGCGAACUGAAGAAGUGUUUGAUCGAGACGCUUCAGCCCAUGAUCGCCGCGCAUCAGGAGAGACGCAAACUGGUGACCGACGAGACUGUCCGACAGUUCAUGACCCCGCGGAAACUACGCUUCAACUGCUAGAGGAAACGACAGAUCCUUCAGUGCACACCGAUCAACCACAGAGAAAUGAACUCACUGUCUAAUAAACCUGACGCCAACUGUGAUGAAUAAACAGACAGAUGUUGUAAAUGA